UGAGCAGAUUGCACGUGUAAACAACAGAGUCUAGAAAAACAAAUCUUUAGAUUCAAAAGUCGCCGAAAAUAAAUUAUUAAUUAAAGUACAUUAAAUCGACGAAAUAUAGGCAAAGUAAGUGACGAAUUGAUAGAUAAUUAACAGCACUUGAAUAACAAACUUCAGAACAAGACAUUACUCAUGGAAAUAUGAUAAAAAAGUUAUCUUUUACUUUGGCAAUUUUUUCUACGUAUUUGGCAUUUCGUUGGUAUUGGAUCGGCAGAAAAUAUAAUAAUUCAAGGAGUUUAAAGAAUCGUCGUGUAUUAUUUUUUGGUCCAUCAUCGACUAUCGGACUGGAACUAGUAAAGGAGUUAUCCAGCAGACAAGCUGAACUUGUAAUUGCGUCAUCAAGUCCCGAAAUAUCGGAAGAGAUAUUGCAAAAUUCAUUUUUUGAGUCUAACGUCUCUGUUCAUUUAAUUGAUUUCUCUCGGCUUCAUAGCAUCAACGAAUUUUGUGAGAAGUUGAUAAAGGAAGGCAAGCCAAUUGACAUUUUCAUUGGAAGUGCUGAGAUUUAUAAUCAACCACCAGAAUUAACAGAGGAUCAAGUGGAUAUAACAUUUCAAAUCAAUUAUUUGUCACAUUACUUGGCUAUUUUGAAACUAUCACAACUGAUUAAGAGAUCCAGGCAUGGUAGAGUGAUCUUCAUCUCAUCAGGCUGUCACAAACUUGUUGAUCGAGUCCCCAAGAAAGAAUUUCAUCAAUUAUAUAAAGACACUCAAGAACUAAGGAAGCAAGCCUACGCAUACAGCAAAUUGUGCUUAGUAUUAUUCGCUUGGAAAUUAUCAAAUCUCAUUUCAUCACCAAAUCUUACUGUAUCCUGCGUAGAUCCAGGAAAGUUCUCAGACAAUUUAAUCCACCAAGUAAUAUUAAAAUCACCAUCUGAAGCAAUUCAAGGAAUCUUGUUUGCUAUUUUAUCAGACAAAAGACCUCCGUUCUAUAUUGAGGAUAUUAAAGAAUCAUUUAAUUAUAAUAAACUUGGAAUUAAAGCUUCCGAAUUAUCUAAAUGUCUUGUGGAUAUUUUGGACAUUCAGAAUUUGGACAGAAUCAAGUACAAGUCAAAUUAUAUUUUGGAAGAAAACAUUGGAAAUGAAUUAUGGAUUAAUAUUGGAGAUGCAGUCACUCCAAUUGACUGCUAUGUUGAAGAAUUUUUAAAGAAUAUGCUUACAAAUGAGACAAGUAAGUGCUAUAUUGAUACUAAAUCAUCAGGAACAAUAUCAUUCACAAUGAGAUUAAAGAGAAUCGAAUUUGGUGGAUAUUAUUUUGAACAGAAAGCUAGCACAAUGUAUGAAUUAGCUAAACAUUAUAAAGACAAUGGCGUAAAGAUGUUUAAAGACUAUCCAUUAUUUGCACAUAAUUACUUUAAUCUUGCUGCAAAAUGUCUUUUAUCCUUUCAUGCAUUUGAUGAUAUUGAGGAUGUCUUAAAUGAUUGUGAGCUUAAGAAGAAAGAUUUUGAGGAACUGCUUCAAAAUAUUUAUUCAAAUAUAUCUGCAUGCUUAAUUAAACAAAAUAGAUAUGAUGAAAUCAUUACUAUUUUGGAUUAUACGAAGAAGCAAGAAAAGCCAUCUGAUAAGGCUAUAUUUCGACUUGCUACAGCCUAUUUACAUACUAACAAUUACGACGAAGCUUUGAAGACAAUUACGCGUGUUGAUUAUAAAGGAAAUAAGGAAUUAAUGCAUUUAAUGAAUACAAUUCAGCAAAAUCGCAAUGAAGGCAAGGAUAAAGAUUCGCAGAUGGCUAAGAAAAUGCUAUUUGGCUAA